AUGAAGCGCAGCCUGCGGAGGAUGCUGCGCCCCGCGGAGAAGGCGCCCGCGGACGUCGUCUACCAGGGCGUGGAGGACGGGGUGCACCACUCCAGGGACUCGUUCCAGGUGGUUUUUGAAGGAGGCGCAAGUGAAUUACAUCACUGUAUGAAGAAACAAAAGAAGCUGCGCAAAUAUGAUGAUGUGGACGCCUCUCCUUUGCAUCACGCUGCAGAAGAAGGUCAAGUCGAGCUGAUGGAGAUGAUCGUCAGUGACUCUCCUUGUGAAGUGCUGAAUGUAACGGACAAUUAUGGAAAUUCUCCUCUGCACUGGGCUGCCGUAAAAAACCAGGCUGAAAGCGUGAAGUUUCUUCUUAGCAAAGGAGCCAACCCGAACCUCCAAAACAGCAGCAUGAUGGCGCCCCUGCACCUCGCCGUGCAGGGCGGGCACAAUGAGGUGGUGAAGGUCUUGACCGAGCACAGCAGUACAGACACUAAUUUGGAAGGAGAAAAUGGAAACACAGCUCUGUUAAUUGCAUGCUUCCAAGAUAAUAGUGAAGCACUGCAGAUGUUGUUAAAUAAGGGAGCAAAGGCUUGUAAAGCAAACAAAUGGGGAUAUUUUCCUAUUCACCAGGCUGCCUUUUCGGGUGCCAAAAAAUGCAUGGAAAUAAUAUUAAAGUAUGGUGAGGCCUCAUUAUUUGAUCACCACGAACUAGCAGACUACUUAAUUUCAGUGGGAGCAGAUAUUAAUAGCACCGACUCUGAAGGACGAUCUCCGCUUUUAUUAGCAACUGCUUCUGCAUCUUGGAAUAUUGUAAAUUUGCUACUCUCUAAAGGUGCCCAUGUAGACAUAAAAGAUCAUCUUGGACGCAAUUUUUUGCAUUUGACCGUACAGCAACCAUAUGGAUUAAAUAGUCUGCGACCUGAGUUCAUGCAGAUGCAACAUAUUAAAGAGCUGGUAAUGGACGAAGACAAUGAUGGGUGUACUCCUCUACAUUAUGCGUGCAGACAGGGCGUCCCCAUCUCUGUCAAUAACCUUCUGAACUUCAAUGUGUCCAUUCAUUCCAAAAGCAAAGAUAAAAAAUCACCCCUACAUUUCGCGGCCAGUUAUGGGCGUAUCAAUACCUGCCAGAGGCUCCUGCAGGACAUGAGCGACACGAGGCUUCUGAAUGAAGGUGACCUUCAUGGAAUGACUCCUCUCCACCUGGCUGCAAAAAAUGGGCAUGAUAAAGUAGUUCAACUUCUUCUGAAAAAAGGCGCCUUAUUUGUCAGUGACCAUAAUGGCUGGACUGCUUUGCAUCACGCUUCCUUGGGUGGGUACACUCAGACCAUGAAGGUCAUUCUCGACACUAAUUUGAAGAGCACGACGGAUCAGCCAGACGAAGAAGGGAACACGGCGCUGCAUUUGGCGGCAAGGGAAGGCCACGCCAAAGCUGUCGCCCUUCUUCUGAGCUACGACGCCGACGUCGUCCUGAACAAGCAUCACGCCUCCUUUCUGCACUUCGCAAUUCACAAUAAGAGGAAGGAGGUGGUUCUUACGACCAUCAGGAGCAAAAGAUGGGAAGAAUGUCUUAAGGUUUUUAAUCAUAGUUCGUCAUGCAAUAAAUAUCCAGUCAUGGAAAUGGUAGAAUACCUCCCUGAGUGCAUGAAAGUACUUUUAGACUUUUGCAUAAUACCCUCCAUGGAAGAAAAGUCAUGCCAAGACUACCAUAUCGAGUAUAAUUUCAGAUAUCUUCAGUGGCCAUUAGAAUGCACCAAACAAGCAUCUGCACAGGAUGUUACAUAUGAGCCUCUCACCACCCUCAAUACCAUGGUACCAGCCAACCGCAUAGAGCUUCUCAACCAUCCUGUGUGUAAAGAAUAUUUACUUAUGAAAUGGUUGGCUUAUGGGUUUAGAGCCCAUAUUUUGAACCUAGGAUCUUACUGUCUCGGUCUCCUGCCUAUGACCUUUCUUGUUAUCAAUAUAAAGCCAGGUUUGGCUUUCAACUCAACUGGAAUCAUCAAUGAAACUAGUGAUCAUUCUGAAAUAUUAGACACCAAGAAUUCCUAUCCUAUAAAAGUUUGUAUGAUUUUAGUUUUAUUAUCAAGUUUAUUUGGAUAUUUCAAAGAACUGGCCCAGAUUUUCCAACAGAAAAGCACUUACUUUUUGGAUAAUAACAAUGUCACUGAAUGGAUCAUCUACACAACAAGCAUCAUUUUCGUGUCUCCCUUGUUCGUCGGUAUACCAGCUCACGUGCAGUGGCAGUGCGGAGCAGUUGCUAUUCACUUAUAUUGGAUGAACUUCUUGUUGUAUCUUCAGAGAUUUGAAAACUGUGGAAUUUUCAUUGUUAUGUUGGAGGUAAUUAUGAAAACUUUGUUGAGGUCUACGGUCGUGUUUGUCUUCCUUCUUGUGGCUUUUGGACUCAGCUUUUACGUCCUCCUGAGUAUACAGGAUGCUUUCAGCUCUCCAUUGCUCUCCAUAAUGCAGACCUUCAGCAUGAUGCUAGGGGAUAUUAAUUAUCGCGAUGCCUUUCUAGAACCGUUUCUGAGAAAUGAAUUGGCAUAUCCAGUUUUGUCCUUUGCACAACUUAUUGUCUUCACGAUGUUUGUCCCAAUCGUCCUCAUGAAUUUACUUAUUGGCUUGGCGGUGGGGGAUAUUGCUGAGGUCCAGAAGCACGCGCUGCUGAAGCGGAUUGCCAUGCAGGUGGAGCUUCACACCAACCUGGAGAAGAAGCUGCCGCUCUGGUUCCUGCGCCAAGUGGAUCAGAGUUCCAUCAUCGUGUACCCCAACAGGCCCAGAUGCGGCGGAAGGAUAUUACGUAUAUUUCAUUUUCUAUGUCGCACCCAAGAUUCAAGACAAGAAAUACCAAAUGUUGAUACAUCUUUAGAAGUAGAAAUAUUGAAGCAGAAGUACCGGAUGAAGGAUCUGACUUCUCUUGUGGAAAAACAGCACGAGCUUAUUAAACUCAUCAUUCAGAAGAUGGAAAUCAUUUCGGAGACAGAGGAUGAAGAUAAUCAUAGUUCUUUUCAAGACAGGUAUAAAAAAGAGCAGUUAGAACAAAGGAAUAGCAGAUGGAAUUCUGUGCUGAAGGCAGUAAAGGCAAAAACUCAGUACCCUUAG